AAUACUUCAAGUAUAUGGUAUGGAAAUAAAUUCAUCAGUAGUUGAUAUGAAAAGGUUAAUAGAAGAGUUGAAUUGUGGUAAGAAAUUCACAAAUGAGCUAAGAGAGUUGAUCAAGAAACAUAAAAAUGUUAUGUUGGCUGAGGAUUUGGUGGGGAAAAUUAUGACUUCUUUUUCCAAGACACUCUCAAUAUUACAUCAAGUUUCUCCUUGUCAGAAGUACUCAAUUGGUACUUUCAACACUUCAUCACUAAAAGAUGUCAAUCAAGAAAGAUGCAACAAGAGAAGAAAAAUUUCAGCAACAACCAUAAAAGAAGCCUCAAGUUUGGUGGAUGAUGGCCAUGUUUGGAGAAAAUAUGGCCAGAAAGAAAUCCUCAAUUCCCCACAUCCAAGGAACUAUUAUAGAUGUACCUAUAAAUUUGAUCAAGGAUGUGAAGCAACUAAACAAGUGCAAAGAAUCCAAGAAAAUCCACCAAGGUUUCGUACCACAUACCAAGGUCAUCACACAUGCAAAAUUUAUCCUUCAAUUUCCCAAAUACUCUUUGAUUCUUCAACAAAUCAUAGGGAUUCUUCAGUGUUAUUGAGUUUCAAUUCCAACACAAAUAAUUAUCACCAACCUUAUGUUCACUCAUUUCAUUCAACUUAUAAACAAGAGACUCAUAAAGGGGAGAGCUCUUCAAAUUGCUUCUGCUCUAAUGUCGAUCAAAGUCAACCAUUAAGGUGGUCCAGUUAUUGUCAACCGUCUGAUGAUGGUCCGAUUAGAGCAGCAUUGUCAUCAGGGUCAUCCGAUCAUGGGACCAAAGACUUUUCUUGUACUGCUAAUUGUAGUUUGGAGAUGGAGAUGGAUAUGAUGUUGGGCUCUAUUAAUUUUGAGGAUUUAAUAUCUUUUGACUUUUGAACAAUUGAUUUUUCUCCAAAAAGUUGUUAUGUACACAAUUUGUGUUAUAUUAUGUUGAAGUUACAUGCUU